AUGUUGACUACGACCUCUUCUCUUUUCAUCGGAGUCCCGACGUUGGACCUUAUUUCAGUGGUCGGAAUGGAAGCGGUUCUGGUUUUGGGUGGCGAUGCAGAUUGGCUGGCGGCAACCGGUGACGAUGGUGACCUGCCCGUUGAUGACGUAGUUGUUUUUCGUACUAGGGUGUUUUUGUACCGGGGGAAGGAAGGCGGGAUCGACGUGGAGAUUAGCUUGGAGAGUAGGGCCAUGGAGAAGCUGGAGAAGGAUCAGGAGUUUCUUUCUCUAGGAGGGGAUUAG